GUAAUAAAUAAAAUUAUCCUCAGAAUUAUUCAAAAAAACAAUUUUAGCAAAACCAUUUAGUUUCCAAACGCACAUUUUGUGGAAACCAAACGUGAAAUGUGUUUUCAAUUUUUGUGAUAACUACUGUGUUAUCAUCCAUUCCGAAACGGUCACACACUCAAAUUCAAACAUUUAAAACAUGAAACUUGCCACAAAAAUUGGUCUAACAACUGCAACAAUUAUAACAGCGUAUCUAAUUGGAAAUUAUUUACUAACCCCGACAAUUCCCAAAUUAGAAAACACCUGGUGGGGCUCACGUGACCCUUCAACCGAAGACACAACAAUUAAACCAUUCCGAAUUAACGUUUCUGAAGAGGUACUCGAAGAUCUUCAAAAUCGCUUAGCCAACACAAAACUGACACCACCUCUAGAAGGCAUUCAGCACCAAUACGGCCUAAACACCAAACUUUUGAGCAAAAUUGUGACUUACUGGCGCACGAAAUACGACUGGAAAAAGCGCGAAAUUUUCUUAAACAAAUAUCCCCAAUUUAUGGUAAGCAUCCAAGGCUUACGCCUACACUACAUCCACCUAAAACCCCAAAAAAGGGACAAUGUUAAAACCCUCCCCAUUCUCCUGCUCCACGGUUGGCCUGGAUCAGUCCGCGAGUUUUACACCACAAUCCAGCUGUUAACAAAACCCACCAAAGGGCGCAACUUUAUUUUCGAAGUCAUAGUUCCAUCACUCCCCGGUUUUGGUUUUUCGGAAGCGUCGGUUCGCCCAGGUCUUGGGCCAAUUGAAAUGGCCGUGAUUUUCAAAAACUUAAUGAAACGGUUGGGGCAUGAAAAAUAUUUAGUGCAAGGGGGCGACUGGGGGGCGCUUAUCGCCCAACAAAUGGCGGUUUUGUUCCCGGAUCAAGUCCUGGGAAUUCACUCCAAUCUCUGUUUUGAUACUUCGGUUUUGUCUGCUUUGAAAUUAGCUUUGGGGAGUUUGUACCCUUCAUGGGUGGUUCCCAAAAACUUCGAACACAGAUUAUAUCCUCUAUUGUCUUUCGUUAUGAAUUUGGUGGAAGAAACAGGCUACAUGCACAUUCAGACCAGUAAGCCUGACACUGUUGGAGCAGCUUUGAAUGAUUCUCCGGUGGGUUUGGCCGCUUAUAUUUUAGAAAAAUUCAUUUCUUGGACUAACCCUGACUGGAAAAAUUUUGAAGAUGGGGGGUUGUUGAAAAAAUACACCUAUGACGACCUUUUAGACAAUAUUAUGAUUUAUUGGAUUAGUGGGAGUAUAACGACUUCAAUGAGACUCUAUUCUCAUGCUCUCGAUAACGUAAUGACAAUAAUAAAUGUUCAAAGGAUUUCUAUAACCGUACCAAGUGCUUGUGCAAUAUUUCCCAACGAGAUUUUCCCACAACCUGGUGCAAUGUUAAGAGAAAAGUAUCAGAAUCUUGUUCAUGUCAGUGAAAAUUCGGAUGGAGGGCAUUUUCCAGCGUUUGAAUUGCCGCAUGUUUAUGCCGAAGAUAUUUUCGUCGCGACGGAGAAGAUGCUGGAAGCUAAUUCCCAAAGGAAUUAAAUUUUUGUUAAGACUUUAUUUAAAAAUAUAAAAAUGUUUGAAAACA